CUUCGCUAUCAUUCGUCUCUGCUAAAGGUGUCCCUGCUGAUGCCUUUUCAAAACCUGUCAGUCAUCAACAAACAAUUUACUGAAUGACUGAGGAGCGUGUAUCAGCUCUUAUAAUUCAACCAUGGAGAGAGAACAGUAAUCGGCAUUUGUCUGUGUGGUGAUCGGUUCUGCAGAGAUCCCGUGCCUCUUAAACGAGCCUGCAGUUUAUUUUGGAGAAGAGAAGAAGCGAGGACAGGAUGAAGGAAGUGGAAUAUUGUAAGCAGCAGAGCGGGGAAAGCCUGGAUGUAGAAGAAAAGCCGGAGAUUAAAGCUCUUGGAGUCCAUCAGGAGCAAGAUGCUGCUAUAAAUCAAAACGCUGAUGUCCCACAGCUGCUGGUGAUUAAAGAAGAAGUUCCUCCUGAAUGGAACCAAACUCAGGAACAGCAGGGCCCAAACGUUCUCCACAUAAAGGUAGAACAGGAGGAAACCUGGAACAAUGAGGAAGAAAACCAACCUAAUAGCCUUGAGGGGGCAGAUACCGCAGGGCUCCCAGUCACUGGUGUUCCUGUAAAGGCUGAAGAUGAUGAUGAUGAGAAGCCUCAGCUGUCAGAGCUGCUUCAAAGCCAAAUUGAAGUCAAAAAAGAGGAAGCACCUCCAAUCAUCAGCUCAGCUAAUCACAUAAAAACAGAAGCCGUUGGAGAGGACUAUGGCAGACCAGAAACAGCCACAAACUCAGAUCCACACAGUGAUUCAAACCCUAAUAAUGAUAAACAAACUUCAGACACUUUUGAAGCUGAAGUUAGUAUUGACAGUGACAACAGUGAUGAUGAUGAUGAUACUGAUGAUGAUGAUGAAUGGCAGGAACCUUUGUCAGAUUCAGGACCUGAAACUAAAAACAAUGACAGUGAUUGGAAUGUUUCAGGUGUGAAUCCAGCCAAAAAAUCCUUUGGUUGCUCUGAGUGCGGUAAAUCAUUUCUUUACAAGCAGUCUCUCCAGAGACACAUGACAAGUCACUUAAGAAAAAAAUCUUCAAGCCAGCCGCUUAAGAAAAAAUGUGUCAGAGUGAAGCAGAAAGUAAAUUCACAGAUGAGUGUUGACAAAGGAGAGAAACGAUUUGUCUGCGAUGACUGUGGGCACAGAUUUAGACAUCGCUACAAUCUCAGAAGACACAUGAGAGUCCACACAGGAGAGAAUCCAUUUAGUUGUGAUAUUUGUGGUAGAAGAUUUAAACAGCAGUGUAGUCUGAAAAGACACAUGAGACGCCACAAAGGAGAGAAAUCAUUUAAUUGUGAUGUUUGUGGUAAAAGAUUUAAUGUAAAGGAUGAUCUUAGGCAGCACAUGAAAUGUCACACAGGAGAGAAACCAUUUGGCUGUCAGCUUUGUAGCAAAACAUACAGAGCUCAGUGUGGACUUAAGAGGCACAUGAUAGUCCACUCAGGAGAGCGACCAUUUCAUUGUGAUAUUUGUGGUAAAACAUUUAAUGAGAAGAAAUCACUUAGUAAACAUGGAAUAAUCCACACCGGAGAGAAACCAUUUAGUUGUGAUGUUUGUGGUAAAAGAUUUAGACAUCAGUGUAACGUUAAAACGCACAUGAGAAUCCACACAGGAGAGAAACCGUUUGGUUGUGAUAUUUGUGAACGAAAAUUUAACCAAAAGAUACUUCUUCAGAAACACAUGAAAGCUCACACCGAAGAGUGUCCAGUAUGAGGAGCAGGUUAGCUGCAGCAAUACUGGGGUUGAUAUUUUGAGACUGCUCAAAGUUUAAAGCAAAGGGGUGUACUGCUAAACAGAUGCAACAUAGCCAGGCUUUCUUUGCAUUACCUGGCUCGAGAAAACUAAAAGUCUGUUCAGAGAUGCUGAACUAUGACUAGUAUGAUGAAAAUAGUUGUUGACCAGCUUUGUUAACCCAGGCUUGUUACUUCAGGCUCUGUGAGCGAUCACUUAAUAAGGGGUGCUUGAUAUGUUAUUUAAUUUUUCUUUUGUUAAACUGACCAAUUGAGCGCUGCCUAUUUCACUCCGCGACAUCAGAAGAACAGGCAAUCUAGUAGGAAUAGGCCAUAAAAAUGAUAUUCAGGCUACAGGCAACAGUGGUGCUGCAAAUAGGGAAAAGAACAAUUUUGCCAAGAACCUUGUGAAAAGUUAAGUUACACUGUUUAAAAAAUAAGGGAAGACUUGCAUCACACAUCAGGUCUUGAUAAAUAAAAUAUUCAAGUUGAAAAUCUGUAGUGAUAUAAAUUGUGGAAUUUGUUGAACAAAAUUUAACAAUGGCCAGUGGAAGCAAAUAUCACCAACCCUUUGAGGGCUUAAUUCAAAAUCAUAAAAGCAAAAAUUUAAAUCACAGACUGAUCCACUUUGUGUUUAUAAUGUGUGGCAUGGUGAUGUUCUGUAAGCACAGAUCCCUCUGAAGAAUGUCGGGCCUAUUUCUAAAUGUAUUUCUGACAGUUUGGUCAGAAAUAUGCAUAUGUGUAACCCACUGGUGGUCAUUUUGUAGGGCGCUGGCAGUCCUCCUCCUGCUCCUUCUCACUCAAAGAAGCAGAUACUAGUCCUGCUGCUGCUGGGUUGUAGCCCUUCUAUGGUCCAGCUCUACUCGGCUUGUCUCUUCACAUGACUUCCACACCCUUGAGACUGUGCUGCAAACUUUCUUGUAUUGGUUUGCCAUCCUGGAGGAACUGUGCAACCUGGAUGGGCUGCAGGUACCAUCUCAUGCUACCAGCAGUGACAAGGACACCAGAGGAACACAAAACUAGAGAAAAAUCAGUCAGGAGAGAUAAGGAGAGAGCAAUGGUCUGUGGCCACCACCUGCUAAACCAUCCCCUUUGUGGGAUCAUUUUUUUCCUCUCCUGUGCACCCAUUGUCAUCUGUCCAGGGUGUACCCUGAUAAUUGGAAGAAAAUGGAUGGAUUCACAGUGGUUUUUGCUUCCUAACUGGACAGACUGAUAUCUCUGAAGAUAACUGACUUUGUUUUUAGUAUUUAUAUAAUCACCAAUUUUGAGUGAGUAGUUUUGAAUAUAACACUGUUCAACAAAAAACCCUUUUUGUCUGCUACCUGAGGAAAUUUGGGUAUGCUGAUUCCAAAUAUGCAAAGAGUUUUUCUCUAGCACGCCAGGAUCUUGAGUUACAUAACUAUGCCAAUAAAUGCCAAUUGUCAAACUCGACCAUGAACAUACAACUAGUGAAAAAAAGACACAGCUGGGGCGUCAGGAUAGAUCAGGGCAUGAGCCAGCGACCAUGUAUGCUGCUUGGUUGUGCGGCCGGCGCAGGUUUGAGUCCCAGCCUGUCGCCAUUUGUUGCGUGUCUUCCCCUGUUUCUCCUUUUCUCCAGUCUAUUUCCACUGGAAAACUAUCAAAUAAAGCCAAAAAGGCCAAAAAAAUUCUGUUCAAUUUCAAAAUUAGAAAAUCUUAGUACACGCUACAUUUGCGUGAUAAGCACCAGUAUAGCAAUACAUUAGCUAAAUAUUGACAUGCGCAUAACUCAAGAACCUGACCUGAUUUGGAAUCAGCAUACCUGAAAUGCCUUAUAUCAGGUAUUUUUCUCCAGGUAGCAAAAUCAAUGUUGACCAGUGUAAGCUGCUUAUAAUGAAUUUCUAAAGGAACAGAUUGUAACUGGUUUUCUUAAAUAAUUAGAAUGGUUUUUCUGUUAUGUGUUUCGGGCUGGAAAUAACAGAUGUGGCAUUUAAUACAGAAAAGGUUUGUAGAAGUGCUUUAAAAUGUUUUAUGAAUGUAAGUUCAUUUCAGAGUUUAUUAGUAGUCACUGGAUGAAAAUAUUUGUGCUGUGUUUUUACUUACA